CUUCAAGAUUUCACUUUAAUGAUUCUGCAUUCCUUCUUUGAACUUCCAAAAAAUCUCAAACCUUGCAUGAGAAACCAUGAAAAUUUUGAUGACACUGAAGUCUCUAAUGGCAAUGGUUUCUCUCUUCACCACUAGACCCAUAUCAGAAACUAAAUCCUAUUCUUCUUCUUGGUUUCUCACAUUUCCUCUGCUAUUCCUUCCCUUCUUGAAUUCCAUUGUUGCACAAUCAAGCCUUUGCAGAACCUCUUGUGGCGAUAUUCCUAUCAAUUACCCUUUCGGCAUUGACGAUGGCUGUGGAAGCCCAUACUAUCGACACCUCCUUGUCUGCUCUGCAACAGGAAAACUUGAACUAAGAACACCAUCAGGGAGAUACCCAGUUCAGAAUCUAAGCUAUUCUGAUCCCCACAUUGUGGUUUCUGAUCCUUUCAUGUGGAAUUGCGAAGAUGGAGAUAAUUUCCGCCCAACAAGGGCGUUUAGCCUCGACACAAGCACACCCUUCACCCUUUCCACUCAGAAUAACUAUCUCUUCUUCAAUUGCAGCGAAGAUGAUGUAAUCAUAGAGCCCAAGACAAGCUUUUGCGAAAGAUUCCCAGAACGGUGUGACUCUUCUUGCGACAGUUCGAGCUAUCUCUGCCGAAACUUACCUGAUUGUCCUUCGGCAUUGAACGGAAGGGGUUCUUGCUGUUCUUACUAUCCAAAGGCGACAGAGUCUCUGAGGCUUAUGCUGCAGUACUGCGCAUCUUAUACCAGCGUGUAUUGGAGAAGUGUGGGAGCAGUUCCUCCUUAUGACCAGAUCCCUGCGUAUGGAGUUCGUGUCAAUUUUGAUAUUCCUGUGACGACCCGUUGUCUUCUAUGUCAAGAUAAAUCCAGGGGUGGAGGAACUUGUGGGUUUGAUACUCAGUUGCAGAGUUUCUCGUGUCUCUGUGAAGGAGGAAAUAGCACUACUUACUGUACAGAUCGUGGUGUUUCAGGGCAGAACUCUAAGAUAAGGGUAAUUGCAGGCACUACGACAGCAGUUUCCAUUGUUGGGGUGGGGGUCGGAGCUGCUAUAUGGCUUUUUAAAAAAGUAAGAGCUAAAGCGCCUGUAACAUGUGGUGUUCAGAGUAAUGAAAAUAGGCUCUUCUGAAGU